UCUUCACCACACCACAGGCGAGAACACACAAGUGGCGGGACACGGGGACGACAUGAUGUACCUCAGUCAGGCCUCCCCACACCCGGUUCCAAUGCAUCGCCGACAGGACCUCCACAUGCAAGAUAUUCUCGUUACUCUCUGGACUAACUUUGCAUCCACGGGGAACCCAACUAUCAAUGGCACCUUGGGUUUUAGAUGGACUCCAGUGACACCCAAGAGACCUCUCAGUUAUCUGUCUCUCACCGUCACCCCUAACAUGCAGAAAGUGGAUAGAGUGACUUCUGGAACACCCUGCCGACCAAGAACACCAAGGUGCUCUACCCCGAGCGUUUCCUCGAAUACAUUGACGACUACGAGACAUCCCUGCCCUUUCAACAGAGCUGCCCUUCGGAACUCUAUGCACUAGACACGUGCGGUACGAAAUGAGUUAGAGAUCAGAUAAGUCCUCUUUGUAAUCUUUCGUUGCUGUUUUCUCUUAUCCUAAUUCUUCUUUAGCCUUUACAAAGCAAAAAGUAAGUAAAGACCGGCCAAUCCCAAAGCUAAUAAAAGCUUAAGUACAUAAGCGUUAGGAA